CACACACUCACACACUCACACACGUGUGCGCUCUCCGCUCCGGAGCCGCGGCUGCUCCUGCUCUCAGCGCCGCAGUGGAAGGCAGGGCCGAACCGCUCCUUCUUUAAAUACCUAAAUUACCGCCCGGCCAGCCUCGGCGGCCCCCCGCACAGCGCUCCCGGCGCCCCUCCCGCCAGCUCGCCAGCUGCCAGCCCCGGGACCUUUUCAUCUCUUCCCUUUUGGCCGGAGGAGCCGAGUUCAGAUCCGCCACUCCGCACCCGAAACUGACACACUGAACUCCGUUUCCUCCUCUUAAAUUUAUUCCUGCCUAAUAGCCACUCGUCUCUUCCCCCCCCCCUCCCCAACUCGUCGCUCCAAGAAAACUUUUUCUUACUCCCCAAAGUUAGGGUUCUCCCUGCCCACCGUGUGUUAAUGUUUCCACUUUUGGAACGACCUGCAUCUUCUUUUUAAAGGAAUUCAAGCAAGAUACCUUUUUCCAUUGGACGUUGACUCUCGAUUGUUUGCAAAAGUUUCGCAUUAAAAAAAAAAAUCUACCUGAUCUGUACUUGAGAGUUGUCGGUUUCUUUUUUUUUUUUCCUUUUUUUUUUUUUUUCCCUUUUUUUUUUUUAACUUUUUCCACCUUUAAAAAAAAAUGCACUACUGUGUGCUGAGCGCUUUUCUGCUCCUGCAUCUGGUCACGGCCGCGCUCAGCCUGUCUACCUGCAGCACGCUCGAUAUGGACCAGUUCAUGCGCAAGAGGAUCGAGGCGAUCCGCGGGCAGAUCCUGAGCAAGCUGAAGCUCACCAGCCCCCCAGAAGACUAUCCCGAGCCCGAGGAAGUCCCCCCGGAGGUGAUUUCCAUCUACAACAGCACCCGGGACUUGCUCCAGGAGAAGGCGAGCCGGAGGGCGGCCGCCUGCGAGCGCGAGAGGAGCGACGAGGAGUACUACGCCAAGGAGGUUUACAAAAUAGACAUGCCGCCCUUCUUCCCCUCGGAAAAUGCCAUCCCGCCCACUUUCUACAGACCUUACUUCAGAAUUGUCCGAUUUGACGUCUCAGCGAUGGAGAAGAAUGCAUCCAAUUUGGUGAAAGCAGAGUUCAGAGUCUUUCGUUUACAGAACCCGAAGGCCAGAGUGCCCGAACAAAGGAUCGAACUGUAUCAGAUUCUCAAAUCCAAAGACUUAACGUCUCCAACCCAGCGCUACAUUGACAGCAAAGUCGUGAAGACAAGGGCAGAAGGCGAAUGGCUUUCCUUCGAUGUAACUGACGCCGUUCAUGAAUGGCUCCACCAUAAAGACAGAAACCUGGGAUUUAAAAUAAGCUUACACUGUCCCUGCUGCACCUUUGUACCAUCUAAUAAUUACAUCAUUCCCAAUAAAAGUGAAGAGCUAGAAGCAAGAUUUGCAGGUAUUGAUGGCACCUCCACAUAUACCAGUGGUGAUCAGAAAACUAUAAAGUCCACUAGGAAAAAAAACAGUGGAAAGACCCCACACCUCCUGCUAAUGUUGUUGCCCUCCUACAGACUUGAGUCACAACAGUCCAACCGGCGGAAGAAGCGUGCUUUGGAUGCAGCCUAUUGUUUUAGAAAUGUGCAGGAUAAUUGCUGCCUACGUCCACUUUAUAUUGAUUUCAAGAGGGAUCUUGGGUGGAAAUGGAUUCAUGAACCUAAAGGGUACAAUGCCAACUUCUGUGCUGGAGCUUGCCCGUAUUUAUGGAGUUCAGACACUCAGCACAGUAGGGUUCUCAGCUUAUAUAACACCAUAAAUCCAGAAGCAUCUGCUUCUCCUUGCUGUGUGUCCCAGGAUUUAGAACCGCUAACCAUUCUCUACUAUAUCGGCAAAACACCCAAGAUUGAACAGCUUUCAAAUAUGAUUGUAAAGUCUUGCAAAUGCAGCUAAGAUUCUUGGAGAAGUGGCAGGACGAUAAUCACAUGGUGGUGAUGAUGAUGAGGACGACAAGAACAAUGACAAUGUUUGUAACAAGAAAAUGUAAGAGAGCCUUGCUUCAACAGUGUUAAAAACAUUUUGAAAAAAGCGGUACUAGUUCAAACACGUUGGAAGUUUGUGGUUGUGUUUGUUAAAAAUGGCAUCUGAAACAAAACAAAACAAAAAAUUGAAGGCUUUAUUCUACAUUUCAUCUACUCUGUAAGCGAGAGAGACAAGAAGCAAAACCUUUUUUUUUUUAAGACAAAAAUAAACACUGGAAGAAUUUGUUAGUGUUAAUUAUGUGAAAGGAACAACCAAACAAACAGGAAAAUCCCAUUAAGUGGAAUUGCUGUACAUACUUUUCCUAUCCCAUGCCUCACUUGAUUUUUCUGUAUUGCUAUGCAAUAGGGACCCUUCCCGUUCUUACCUUUAGAGUUAACGGUGAGUUAUUUAUUGUGUGUUACUAUAUAACGAACAUUUCAUUGCCCUUGGAAAAUAAAACAGGUGUAUAAAGUGGAGACCAAAUACUUUGCCAGAAACUCAUGGAUGGCUUAAGGAACUUGAACUCAAACGAGCCAGAAAAAAAGGGGUCAUAUUCACGGGAUGAAAACCCAAGCGAGUUAUUAUAUGACCAAGCCAGCCUGCAUUAAGAUAAAGACCCUGAAAACACAUGCUAUGUACCAACUGCCUAAGGAAGCUUCUUGUAAGGUUCAAAACUGAAAAGCCUGUUAAUAAAGGAACUUUCAGUCAGAAUAAGUCUGGAAGAUUUUUUUUUCUUUUUAAUUGUAAAUGGUUCUUUGUCAGUUUAGUUAAACCAGUGAAAUGUUGAAAUGUUUUUGAUACGUACUGGUCAAACUUCAGACCUGAAAGUAUUGCCGUAUAGCUAUGCCAUUGGUUUUUUCCUUCGUUUCAGAUAUAUGUAACCGUACCUGUAUUAUUAUAAUAGAUGGGUAUAGAAGCCAGUAUAAUUGGAAACACAUCUGCAGAUCUCCUUUGCAAACUAUUAAAUCAAAACGUUAACUACUUUACAUGCAAUGUGUAAAUUUUUACCAUAUUUUUAAUGUUCUGUAAUAAUGUCAACUAUGAUUUAGAUUGGACUUAAAUUGGGGCUCUAUUUUUAAUGAUCGCUCAGAACUGUGUGUUUCCUUUAGCUGGCCAGUACUUUCGAGUAAAGCCCCUAUAGUUUGACUUGCACUACAAAUAUGUGUUUUAUAGUGUUUCCUCCACUGUGCUUUGUGCAUUGUCCAUUAUUAUGACAUAAGCUACCUGAGUCCACUUGUCCUGUAGAUUUUCUUUUAUAAAAAGGACAGAUUCAAGUUCAGUAGUCUUCCUCCAUCUUCUAAGCAUCCUUACUAAUCAGUUCAGAUGUUAACAAUCUUCUAUUUUAGGAAAAUUGGGGAAUAUUAUAGAUGUAUACAUAAUUGAGCUGAAAUAUUUUAGUUUUAGCAGAGGCCUAAGGAUCUGACUGUAACUCAGAAUCUUUGUGGCUGAGUUAAGAAAGGUUUCUGCAACUUGGCUUAAACAGUAUGCUCACCGAAUUCUAUAGUUAGUAGAGAUCAGACAGUUCAUAGGAAACAUCUUUUCCUUUAAUCAGGUUUUUAGUGUUCAGGGGGGAAAUGGAAAGAUUUACAUAUUUCUUGAUUUCUUUUUUAAGGGAGAAAAAAAAAAAAACAAACGCCCUGGUCAGCCUAAGUCACUCAGUUUAUUUCACGGAAGUUAAGGUUUUCAUGUGUGUUCUUUGAGGGUUGUAAAGGUACAAGCCAAAUCCUCCCAUGAUCAAAAAGUGAUUUUUUUUCUCUGAAUGAGACUUCUCUAGAUCUGAGGCGAGAAUUUACCUUGCUUGAAUAAAUGAAUGAUUUGCCACAUCGUUGCAGGGAAGGUACCCUUCCGCCAGGGUUUGUAGGAGAUGACAGUUUGCCAAUUGUCCCUUAUUCAACUGUAAGAUAAAAGUUAACAGGUAAAACAAUGGAAUAUUUGCAGCGUCACCUAAAGGGCAGGAUGGCGAGGUGCGAAUCCAAGUGAAAUUGUCUGAUAACCUGUACUUCUAGAUGUUUGACUUUUCCUGGCCGUUAAUUAAAUGACAAAUUGGAUUCGCAAAUUUGAAAACUGGAAAAGCGAGAGGGGGGACGCCCUACUGGUGAACAGUCUUUGUGUUGGGUGUAACCCAAUCCCAGAAAUGAGUGUGUUGAUUUUUUUUCCUUCCAUUUUCGAUGAAUUCUAUGUAAAUCACUUUUAUUUCUGCAGGUGUUUUCCUCUCAGAUAGAAUGACGUUUGUUUUGUAUUAUUUUGUCUUUCCUCAUGAAUGCACUGAUAAUAUUUUAAAUUCUCUAUUUUAAGAUCUCUUGAAUCUUUUUUUUUUUUUUAAGUUUGGGGGUUCUGUAAGGUCUUUACUUUCCAUAAGUAAAUAUUGCCACGGGCAGGGAGGGAUGCGGGAGGGAAGGGGAAGAUGUUAGUAUACGGGUGGGGUGGGGCUGCAGUUUUUAUAUGUUAAGCAGCAGUACAGUUUUCUGGUUGGCAUGGUUUAAAAAGAAAUGGACUAUAAGAUUAGCUGUUUUGUAUUUUGAUGACUGAUUAUGCUGUAUUUUAACAUGAUGUAUGUCUGUUUUGUGGUGCUCUAGUGGUAAAUAAAUUAUUUCAAUUCUA